AUGAGCUCAUACGGCAAUGGACGCGACCCGUACAGUCGCGACGGGCCCAGUCGCUCCCACGAUCCGCGCGCUCGGUCACGCUCACCACCUGCCCGUCACUAUCAGGAGCGCGACAAGGUCGUCACUCGCAUUCAUCGCAACGAUCACGACGCACCGCCCAAGUCGCUGCCCCGCAAGCCGGGCACAUCGGCCAAUGCUCUACCCGUUGGCACAGCAGCGGGUCACGGCAGUCUCAAUCAUGGCUAUGCCUCCGGCUCUACACAUCCACUCGAGCGCAAUGCGACCAGUCACCACUCAAACGCCUCGACAUAUCCGGAGCCAUCUGCGACGCGCAGAAGCUCCGCCGUCGUCGAGGCCCUUGCCGAUCUCGUCGGUCGAUUGUAUGCGUCUCCUCCCGAGCGCCACCUGUUCGACCAGAUCGAGCUCAAGCGACACGCGAUCUCCGAAGACCGUAAAAAUCUCAGCGAUCAAUAUAAGAAGCUCAAGUCGGUCCAGGAUUGGCUCGCCAGGGUUGGCCGCGGUGACCCCUCAAACGUCGCAAAGCUCACAGAGCAAGAGAAGAUCGUGCGCAACUUGGAGCUAAAGAUCAACACUGACGUCGACGAGCUUUACCGCAUGCAGUUGCAGUGGCAAGUCGACGUCAAUGCCCAGAUCAUGCCCUCCCUGCUGGCCGCUGUCUCGGCCCCCCUGGAAGCCAAGCUGCAAGAUCUCGCAGCCGAGGUCAAAUCCGAGCGCGAAAAGGACCAUAAACACCGGGCCGAGUUCGAAAACACCGCCCACAGCCACUUUGGCCAAAGCAACAGGUUCCAAUCCGACAUCAGGGCCAUCAAGGCCGAUCUGUCGGCUCUCACCAAGGACAACGACCAUCUUCGUAAGGAUCUGACCGAGACUCGCACUUCCCUGCGCAACGACGUCGACAAGGACGUCCGCCAGAUCAACGAGAAUCGUAAAUGCAUCAAAGAGUUGCAGAAGGAGCUCGCCGAGUUCAGAAGGGAUAGUCGAAUCGCAGGGAGUCGACACAGCGUGGCCAGCGGCUCGGCACGCGAGACCUCCACAGCGCCUUCAAGCCCUCGUCCCGCAACUCAAGCUAGGCCGUCGACAUCGAAUAUCACGACCUUGCCACCAGCAGCAACUACCACCGAAGGUUCCGCGCACAACGGCCGAGAAGGGUCGACCACUGCCGAACAGUCCAAAGCGGUCACACAAGCUCAGUUCCGCAAGUGGCACAAGGAAUAUAUGCAAGACCUCGAAUUACGGCUCGACGAAGUCAAGGAUCUUGCCGUCCAGGAGGCUACUGCGGAGAAUCAGGCUUGCAUGGAUGACCGGCUCAGAGCGUUGGCACGCAAAUGGAAGAGCAGGGCGCUCGCCGGAGACGAUCUUUCCGCCCGACCGGCUCCGGCUGCACCCAUUGCGAAUGGCGGCGAGUCGUCCAGUAACGCUGCGCCUCCUACAGACGGCGCAGGGCCCAUGAAUGUCGAGGAAAUUAUCGAUGUCAGCGGUCCUACCCAGCCGAAUGGCCAGUCCAAUGACGCGAACGUGACGAAUGGGGCUGAGACAGCGCCCAAGGGCGGUGCGGAGAUCAGCAAUAGCGGAUCGACAGGACCUAUGCCUACGCAACCAGCAUCGGAUCUGCAGAAAGCCGCUUCGGGUUUCAAUGCCGCAUUACAGGCCACACCGACUGCCGCCCAAACCAAUGCUAACAGUGUCCCAGCGCCGACAAAGACCGACUCGACUCCGGCAGGCCAGCCCACACCAUCCACGUCGCCGCAGCCAAUCGGCAACGCAGCAGAGCAGCCACCCGUUGCCCAAAAGAAUGGCACCGGCGAGAAAGACGCAUUUGUGCCUGUAGCAGCUCUCGAGUUGAUCCGCGCCUCGCUCAAGGAACACGAGACGCAGCUCACGGCUGUCAAACAGGAAGUCGACACGCUGCGUUUGUCCGGAAACGCCGCGUCCGUUGACCAGUGGCUCAGCUCUCCCGACAAGCUGAAGCAGCUUCUGCGAGCGCUGAAACUCAACGGACUCGACAGUCUCAACGACGCUCUGAGAAAUGCUGUCGCACAAGUGCAGAAUGUCACCACGCAGAUCCGCUCCGAGAUGGUCGCUCUUCGCAGCUCGCAGCAAGAGCAAAAGAGCGACUUCGAGUCGACGCUGCAGACUCACAAGGAGGAAAUCCUUUCCGAACUUUACGACAAGCUCGACUCGCUUCAGAAGCAACUCGAAGCGCUGGAUGACCAGUCCUCGUUGCAAGGUGCCUUGCUGGUCAAGCUCGCCGAGCAUGCCAAUCCACGACGCAACCCACCGACUACCGCGACCACGAGCGGAGGAGCUCGAGGUUCUGUCGGGUCGCAAUCGCCAGCUGUGCGUUCGCCGCUCGUGCAGCAUGCGCCAAAUUCAGCCGGAGCACUCGCUCCAACACCGCGUCCGGAGCAUCAGCUACAGCGUCCGGUGCAGCAGCAUCCACCGGUGCUGCCCAACACAGCGGCCACGGCAUUGUCGGCACACAUGCAGCCUCCGAUGUAUCCGCAACAGCAGCCGGCUCUUCACCCUGCACAGGUGCAAGCAUAUCAGCAGAUCGCACCGCAAGCGCAGCAGCAUCCACAGUCAUCCUAUGCGGUGCCCCGUGGGCCCUAUCCGUAUCAGGAUCCGAACCAGCGUCAGGGCUACCACUAG